UUUUUUUUUAAGUGUAGAGAGAUAUUAAAUUAUUGAAGGCAUUGAUGACGAUGCGUUUCACGGCGGCUUGGGUGGGCCCAGACAGAGACGUAGCUGGUGAAUCAGUUAAUGAGAAUCAAACACGUGUCGAGAAUUGAUUGGUUGGAAGAUACUUAACAAUUACUACUUUUUUCGAAGCUUUGAUUCUUCCUCAUCAAUCAUUUGAGGCGGAGAAGGAAACAGACGAAACGUGGAGAAUGGCGAUGCCGCUGGGCAUGGCGACGUAUCUGAUGAGAAUGGUUUGGUUUUCUCUGAGCGGUUGGGUCUUCACUUGCUUGUCUAUCGCCGACGAGAUCGCUGGCUCUCUCAGAAACGGAGAUAUUGGUCCUUUCCAUGUCGGAUGAUUUCGAUUCAGAGAUUCUUUAGCUCUCCUUCUAUAUAUAUGCGUAGAACAAACACGUUUUGCACUCAGGCCUUCUGAUUUUCAGGAAGGGUAUGUAACUGCAAUCAAUCUGCACAGAACAGAAGAAUCUCAUGCAUCUUUUGAUUUGAUGUCAAAUCUCCUCAGCCAAGAGUAGAGCAAAGCAUGGCUAAAGAGAAUAUAUUCCAUAUAUUUUAUCAUUUUUACCAACACGAUUUUGUUUGAUUUAACCAAACCAAUUCCGAAGAACAUAUUCCAUAGUAUAUUUUAUCAAUAAUGUAACAUGUACCAGGCCAACAGCAAAUCAUUUGACCCAAAACAAGCAAAAAUAAAGGUAACA